AUGAACGCCAGCGGGCCGGGGUACCCGCUCGCCUCGCUCUACGUGGGAGACCUGCACCCGGACGUCACCGAAGCCAUGCUCUAUGAGAAGUUCUCGCCUGCCGGGCCCAUCAUGUCCAUCCGCGUGUGUCGGGACGUGGCCACGCGCCGCUCACUGGGCUACGCCUACAUCAACUUCCAGCAGCCCGUGGACGCCGAGCGAGCCCUGGACACCAUGAAUUUUGAGGUGAUCAAAGGCCGGCCCAUCCGGAUCAUGUGGUCGCAGCGAGACCCCGGGCUCAGGAAGUCGGGGGUUGGAAACGUCUUCAUCAAGAACCUGGAUGACUCCAUUGAUAACAAAGCCCUGUACGACACGUUCUCCGCCUUCGGCAACAUCCUGUCUUGCAAGGUGGUUUGUGAUGAAAACGGGUCCCGCGGUUAUGGCUUUGUUCACUUUGAGACGCACGAGGCAGCGACCCGAGCCAUUGAGACCAUGAACGGGAUGCUGCUCAACGACCGCAAGGUGUUUGUUGGCCACUUCAAAUCCCGCAAGGAGCGUGAGGCGGAGAUUGGGGCAAAGGCAAUGGAAUUCACCAAUGUCUACAUCAAAAACUUCGGGGAUGACAUGGAUGACGACAGACUGCGGGAAAUAUUCUCCAAGUUUGGGAAGACGCUCAGCGUCAAGGUCAUGAUGGACAACGCUGGCCGCUCCAAGGGCUUUGGAUUUGUCAACUUUGAGAAGCACGAGGAAGCCCAGAAGGCCGUGGCCGACAUGAACGGCAAGGAGAUCAACGGGCGCUCGGUGUACGUGGGCCGGGCGCAGAAGCGGCUGGAGCGCCAGAGCGAGCUCAAGCGCAAGUUCGAGCAGAUCAAGCAGGAGCGAGUGAGCAGGUACCAGGGGGUCAACCUGUAUGUGAAGAACCUGGAUGAUGGCAUAGAUGAUGAGAGGCUGAGGAAGGAGUUUUCCCCCUAUGGCACCAUCACCAGCGCAAAGGUGAUGACAGAGGGUGGACACAGCAAAGGGUUUGGGUUUGUAUGUUUUUCCUCCCCAGAAGAGGCUACCAAGGCCGUGACGGAGAUGAACGGGCGCAUCGUCAGCACCAAACCCCUCUACGUCGCGCUGGCCCAAAGAAAAGAAGAGCGGAAAGCAAUUCUCACCAACCAGUACAUGCAGAGACUGGCCACCAUGAGGGCCCUGCCCGGCCCUCUGCUUGGCUCCUUCCAGCCCCCGGCGGGCUACUUCCUCCCCCCCAUCCCGCAGCCACAAACCAGAGCUGCUUUCUACAGCCCCAGCCCAGUUGUCCCAGUCCGCCCUGCCACUCGCUGGAGUGCGCAGCCCUCCAGGCCUCCCCCGGCGUAUCCUGCAGCUACCCCGAUCCUGAGGGCCGCGGCGCCGCCGCGACGCCUGCUCUCCAACAUCAGCACCAUGAGGCAGGCGUCCACCCAGGUGCCGCGCGUGCCGCCCCAGGCCCAGCGAGUGGCCAACAUCGGGACGCAGACGGUGAGCGCGCGGGGGCCGUCGUCGCCCGCGCCGCCGCGGGGCGCGCAGCACUACAAGUACUCGUCGGCCGUGAGGAACGUGCAGCCGCUGCGCAGCGCGGCGCCCGCCCAGCAGGUGGGAGAGCCUGCCGUGCACGUGCAGGGGCAGGAGCCGCUGACGGCCUCCAUGCUCGCAGCAGCCCCUCCUCAGGAGCAGAAGCAGAUGAUCGGUGAGCGCCUCUACCCUCUGAUCCACGCCAUGCACGCCUCGCUGGCCGGCAAGAUCACCGGGAUGCUGCUGGAGAUAGACAACUCGGAGCUGCUGCUUCUCCUGGAGUCCCCGGAGUCGCUGCGCUCCAAGAUCGAGGAGGCCGUGGCUGUUCUGCAGGCGCACCAGGCUGCCGAGCCGCCGCACAAGGGCAGCGCUGCCGCCUUCCUGCCCUGACCCUGGCUGGAGGAAUGAGAGUGUCUCAACCACUGCUUUUGAAGAGAAACAACAGCAGCCUCACCAUGUUUGUUGGAACGAUGUCCACACUGUUACCCUGGUUUGUCUUCAAUGCCCCAUCCUGUUUUUGUGCAUGUGCAUUAGAAACCCCACAAAAUUGCUGCCUCCCUGUGGAAGACUUAKGCCCUCUGAGAACCCCCGAGUUACUUCUCCCUUUGGCCCCGAGAGCAGUCUAGGCAAUGUGAUGURGAACCCAGCCUGGCUCAGCUGUCCMGGAAAUGACAAGCGCUGAUGAGUCACCACUUAGUGAAUGUGUUGGGUUCUGAAAUUUUAUUUGUUCCUGUAGCUGA